GGAGAAUUCUAGAAUGAAGGGGAAGAGAGGCAGGGAAGAGCCGGGAAAUACGCAAAGCGCGUUUUUCUUCACUUUCGGAGAUGCCAAGCCGCGCGUCCAGUUGCUUGGAGAAGCCCGUUCACCGCCUCCAGCUGCUGCUCGCCUCGACAUGGACCCUGAGACCUGCCCCUGCCCUUCUGGUGGCUCCUGCACCUGCGCGGACUCCUGCAAGUGCGAGGGAUGCAAAUGCACCUCCUGCAAGAAGAGCUGCUGCUCCUGCUGCCCUGCGGAGUGUGAGAAGUGUGCCAAGGACUGUGUGUGCAAAGGCGGAGAGGGGGCCGAGGCAGAGGGAGAGAAGUGCAGCUGCUGCCAGUGAGGAAGCACCCUCCGUGUGGAGCACAUGGAGAUAGUGCCAGGUGGCUCAGUGCCACCUAUGCCUGUGGUGAGGUGUGGCUGGUGUCCCCUUCCCCUGUUGACCUUGGGGAAGCGACAAUAAAUCCCAUGAACAGCAUGA